AUGGCCAAUGCAGCUUUGAUAGCAUACAGUGUGGCAAGCUUCAUUUGCGGCCUCUUCGUCCUCGAAUUCGGCGCCGACAAGUUCAUCGAUCAUACCGCUAUCGUCGCCGAACGCACAGGCAUACCGGAAUCUGUCGUCGGACUCCUCACCGCAGGCGCGGAAUGGGAGGAACUGGCUGUAGUGGUCGUGUGCAUCCUCCGCAACCGCACUUCGCUUGCCGUGGGCAAUAUCAUCGGUUCGGCGAUCUCGAAUAUCCUGGGCGCAUUCUCACUUGGUCUGGUUUUUCGCCGCGAUGAGGAGAUUAUGGUUUUUGAUGCCAGUGCUAGAGCGUACACUCUGGCUAUGCUUCUGGUGACUGGGCUGGUUGUUGCCCUGCAAGCGUUUAACCCAUCACGUCUGUCGACAGUCUUCGGCGGCAUACUGAUUGCGAUCUUUGUACUCUACGUUGGCUCUGUCGCGUACUUGAUUUUCAAGGGGCAUCUGACUGCACCCGAGUCAGUCAGUGACAGUGAUAGCGACAGUGAGAGCGACGAGGAAAGCAUCCAUGAGAACUUCGAGAGCAGUCAAGUCAACUCGACAACACCUCUUUUAGCAACCGAUGGAGCUCUCCCUGCCUCGAGACACAAGCACAGCAUACCGUACCAUGUAGCGAUCCUACUUCUAGGCUUUCUGGCAAUUCUCCUCAGCAGCUUCGUCUUAUCUAAUGCUUCCUCGUACAUCGCCGAAGAAAGCGGCAUCUCAGAAGUCCUCUUUGGCGUCGUAUUCCUCUCCAUCGCGACGACUUUGCCAGAAAAGUUCAUCGCCGUCAUGAGCGGAAGUCGCAAUCGAACUGGUAUCUUGGUCGCAAAUACUGUUGGUAGCAAUAUCUUUUUGCUCACUUUGUGCUUGGGUAUACUUUGGGUCAGUACAGCUGGAGACUAUAAUGGGGAUACGGUCAAUGUUGUCGAGGUGGGUGUGCUAUUGGGCUCGUCGCUCUUCAUGACAUUGGUUGUUUGGUUUGGAGCAAGGUUUAGCCGUCUUGCGGGUGUGGUGAUGCUUGCCGGAUAUGUUGCAUUCUUGGUCCUAGAGUUUACUACCAUCGGACAUUCCUAA